CCAAAAGCGCGACCGUGUGACCAUUUCAAGGAAUGUUUGGCGAUGUUCAGCCGCAAUCCGAACGAAUUUUUGUGCCGUUUUGUAACUGUAGACGAAACAUGGAUUUAUCACAAUACUCCAGAAACCAGAAACCAAAGAACAAUCAAGACAGUGGGUUUCACAUGGUGAGCGUGCUCCAAAGAAGGCCAAGGAGGGACUCAAAUUUUACCGGACUAGCACACCACUGAGAUUAUUGUUGAUAAGUAUUUUGAGAGUGAGCCGAACGUCGAACUCACAGAAAUAAAUUGGAA